GCAAGUUCCCGAGCAGCCGGGGCGGAGGGGCUUGAAGAGCUUGGUCGGGUCACGCGCUGCUGCCGGAAGCGGCCUGGCAGAGGACUGCGGCGUAGCCCCAGUGGCUUCCAUUCACUACAGAUCACGCUCAGUGUAGAUCACGUGUAAAGCCGCCGCAGCGCAGGGGCCUUUGCUGAAUGCAAAAUAAACAUGCUUUUCUCCUACACGGGCGGCCUGGCACCAUCGUCUGCCGCCCCUCGCUUCCGGGUGGGAGAUGCCAUCCCUUCGGUGACGGUUUUUGAAGGGGAGCCUGGGAACGAGGUGAACCUGGCAGAGCUGUUCAAGGGCAAGAAGGGGGUGCUGUUUGGAGUCCCUGGGGCCUUUACCCCUGGCUGUUCCAAGACCCACUUGCCAGGAUUCAUGGAGCAGGCUGAGGCUCUGAAGGCCAAGGGGGUCCAGGUGAUAGCCUGUCUGAGCGUUAAUGAUGUCUUCGUGACUGAGGCAUGGGGACGAGCUCAUAACUCAGGAGGCAAGGUUAGGCUGUUGGCUGACCCCACUGGGGCCUUUGGGAAGGAGACAGAUUUGUUACUAGAUGAUUCAUUGGUAUCUCUCUUUGGAAAUCAUCGGCUCAAGAGGUUCUCUAUGGUGAUAGAGAAUGGCAUAGUGAAGUCCUUGAAUGUGGAGCCAGAUGGUACAGGCCUCACCUGCAGCCUGGCCCCCAACAUCCUCUCGCAGCUCUGAGUGCCUGGGCCCAGAUAUACUCCUUCUACUCUUUCGUGUGUUGCACCUGCCCAGCCCUGGACAAAGGGCCCACUCUGCUCCAACUUCGACGAGGUCCACCCAGUGGGAAUUGUGACCAAAUUUCUGCAAUAAACAUUUCAGCUUUUCAAUGA